GUCACAAAUUGCGUGCGUAUGACCUAAAUUUGAAAUAAGUUUUUAAGAGGGUAAAAUUCGCAUACUGUUCAGUCGGCUUAUUUAAAAUAAGUUAUUACUUAAAUAUAAUACACUCGGGUUCACGUUCUUCAGUUCAGUCUCGAAAGCCGAUAAGUCGCAAUUUAUUAGAGAGAUGCUUCUUCCUUCAAGUGGUAAAAUAUUGAAGAGAAAUUUCAACAAGUCUCGAGGGCUAAAUCUAGCAGCCAGCCAGCAGUUUAUUGCACUGUUUUGCAUCAGUAAUAUAAUUAUAACCCUUAAUUUUAUGCCAUACUAAAACCAACAAAAGUAAAUAAUAGAGACUUUUCUACGUACAUAUUUCAGUUCAAAAGUGCAAGUGGUGUAGUGUUUCAUUCACCUUCUAAUUUUCGUCGGCUCUCUUCUCAUUGGAAACUCUCGACAUUGACAUUGGCACUGCUGACAGAGUUUUCUUUUCCUCGCAUUUUUGCAAAAUCGAGAGAAAAAAAAUAUAUCGACACUUUUGUUGGCAGAAGCUCUGCUCUCCCAUCAUUAUUAUUAUCAUAUCCCACCACCUUCUUCAAUUAUUGUAAAGUAUUUAUUACCUCAACUCUUCUACAUACGUGAACCUGUUCUCAGUCAGUGCUGCAGUCCGGCACAUGGAUGCAAAAGAACUGCAUUCAAGUCUAGUAGUAAAUAGUAAAGUAUAAGCUUAUUGUUAAAAAAUAGACAGAUAUUUGGCUGUCAAUUUCGCUCUAUCGUUGGCUCCUAACUGACUGAAGGUGGAUGCAUUAAUUAAAUAUUUCUCUGACUGUUAGCCGGUAAUUCCUGUUGAAAGGGAAGAAGAAGAAAAACAACAAGAAUACUUGCCAAUCAUCGCAUCAAAGUUAAAUACAUAAAUUGAAAUCGAAAGGAUAUCAACAUCAUCUUAUCCGUCUUAUCCUGUUCAGUUGGUCGUUACCGAUGUGAUAUUAUUAAGUAGGAGCGUGCGAGGCCUAUUUGGUUGCAAUUUGUUAGUUCAGUCAGUAUUCUGUUGUGGACCAGUUGAGAUGAGACUGCUACCUGAGAUUAGUAAAGAUUUGUUUGACUUGUGUUUGUGUACCUUUCAAAAAAAUAAUUAGUGUUUAAAUACCUUUUAAUUAAAUGUUUCCUAAUCUAAUUAAUGUUCCGUUCUGUGAAAUAUUUUUAUCAAUUUUCUCAAAAUAUUACACGCAAUAAAUCAAGUGGUAGUGAUAAACGGAACGGUAAAGUGUGCCGAUGGGGAGGAUGAGACGCAGUCUUCUCUCUUGAGUGAGCAAAGUGAGACGGAUCUAUCUCGAGUUGGUUUUUUCAUUUGGUUAAUUAAAGAGAUAUUAAGUUUGUAAAGUUUUUUUUGAAAUUUAAAAUGAGAAAAGUUGGGUCCCUAAAUUGUACCUGGGCGACUGUGACUGUAUUAUUCGUAGUGGUGAUAAAUAUUUGUGAUGGUAAAUCUAACAGUGGAGGAAAUAAUGGUGUUCGAUCUCGACGGUAUUCCCCUAAUGGAAGGUCGUUAGUCGAUAAUCGUAAUAAUCAUGAACAAAAGUAUAAGUUUGAUCUCAAUCGUAAAAUUAGUCCGGUUAAAGGGAGGAGAAAUUCUGGAAGGGGGCGAGAAAACAGUAAAGUGUUGCUCCAACCACCGAUUGAAAUCAGGGAUAGAUUGUCGAGACAAAUUAAACCAUUGUCGUGUAAAGUUCCCAAUUCAGAUGAGAAGGGAACUUGCAUGUUUGUCUUUGACUGUAAUCAGGCGAAUGGAAAGCACCUUGGCACGUGCAUGGACAGAUUUUACAUCGGAUCGUGCUGCAAACUUCCGGAAGAUGAAGAGGACGACAAUUUUAAUGAGAUUUUGCCAAAACCCAAACCGACGACGACGACACAAAGUACUACUUCGCCAAGUAGUGUAACGGAAUCAGUCACGGAAAGUACGUUCCAGGAAGAGAAGAGAAAACCGUCAAAAACGACGCCUAAGCCAAAAACCACGACCACGACGAAGUUUACAACUGUCAGGACGCCAACAAUAUCUGAAACGAUAAAAUCGAAGAACCGAACUGAACUGCGGGAUGCAGAUUUCUUUUCGGAGAAUGGCACGCUUUUAAUUAGUGAUUCGAAAUUGAUUUGUGGGAGACAAUUUCUACCCGCAUCUAGAAUAGUUGGCGGAAAUGAUGCAUAUUAUGGAAAAUUUCCUUGGCAGAUUUCUGUCCGCACUUGGCAAAAUGAAGCUCGAACAUUUAUCCAUUCCUGUGGGGCUGCCCUUCUAAAUGAAAACUGGGCCAUUUCAGCCGCCCAUUGUUUCGAUCGUGUACUCAACCAGGACGUAAUUUUGCGAAUGGGAGAUUGGGAUUUAUCCUCCGAUAAUGUUCCGUUCAAUUACACGGAAAGACGUAUUCAACUAGUCAUUCCCCACCCAAAAUUCUUUGGUCCUUCAAAGACCUUUGAGUAUGAUUUGGCGUUAAUUAGAUUCUACGAACCUGUUGUAUUCCAACCUAACAUUGUUCCUAUCUGCAUCCCGUCCGUAGUUGACGAUUAUGUAGGGCGAACUGGUAUCGUGACGGGUUGGGGUCGUCUUUACGAAGGAGGGCCUAUUCCUGCACGCCUAAACGAGGUGCAAGUCCCCAUCAUGAAUAAUUCAGUUUGCGAAGAAAUGUUCCUAAAAGCAGGCUACAUUGAGAAAAUUCCUCAAAUGUUCCUCUGCGCCGGUUGGCCCGAAGGGGGCAAAGACUCGUGCGAGGGUGAUAGUGGUGGCCCUCUCAUUUUAGAAACGGGGUCAGACCACCACUGGACAUUGAUAGGUGUCAUAAGUUGGGGCAUAGGAUGUUCCAGGGUCUCCCAUCCCGGAGUAUACAGUAGAAUUACAGAGUUUUUGGACUGGAUUAAUUUAGUUUCAGAAUUCUAAGCAUUAAUAAGAGUUUAAAGUACUCAAUUAUAGUAAAACUUAUUAUUAUCGAAUGUAAUCCUUGUAAAUACGUAUUAUGUAAUUUAUAUUGAUCCCUUUAAGUUAUUACCAAUUUGUUCGUUCAAGCUCUCUGUCAUUAAAUGUUGUAUGAAUUGAAGUAAUUUCACCGGCAUCGAAAGAACAUUUUCCAUACUUUAAAUAGAUUGGAUUUGUAGGCUUUCUAUUCAUGUGUAAUUGAGUUAUCAUAAUUUUGAUCAAGAAAGGUUGUCCUUCUAUGUCUUUAAUAGUGAAUUGUAUAGAGGGGUGGAAAUUGUUAACUUUUUUUGGAAUAAUGGUAUUUUUUAUUCCAUUUUUUCGUAUAAUUGCAAAUAUGUACUUCAUCCAAAUAUCAUCCCUAAAAUAUUAUGUCCCGAAAGUUUCUUGAACUGAAAUUAUCUAGCAUUCGUAAAAAUAACUGGUGACAAUGGACCUCCUAUUUUUUCCCGUACCUUAUUCUUCGACGGUAAUAUUAGUCAUUGUAUUUUAAAUGUAUGGAAGCCAGACAGAUCUCCAGUAAUUCCAUUAUGUCCUGUAUUAUCAGUUAUCGUUGAAAUUAUUUACUAUGCAUUACACAUAAUUCACAUUUUUACUUGAGAAUAAAUUGUACAAAACUA